CGUCAGUUGGGUAUAUAUCGAACCACCGUCUCCAUACAUGACACCAAGUAAUCGGCAACGACGGCAUCGAUCGACAUCCCCGUCUUUGCAUCUCCGAAUUCCCAAGCAAUCUCCAGCUGCCGGGAGACACAAGAUGGACACCUCCGUCAGCCUUGUGCUCCACCUCCGUUUCAUUGGCUGUAGAUUAUCCAAGCUCCCCCACCCGCAAGGCUGAGAGCUCAAGUUUUCUUUCUUUUUGGGCACGGCGGCGCAGAGAACAACUCCCGAAACACACGACACACUCGAUACGGCCCUUGAUCUGAUGUUGUAAUUCUGCAUCUGUCUUUCGAUUAUACCCAUCAGCCACGCCGAAGUCUUCCGAAAUCACCGUCAUCAUGGCACCCGAGGUGGGCCUGUCGCGCUCAACCUUUGCUAAGCUCUCUCCUCAUCCGUAUCUGCUCGCAAAUCUCGAACCAUCCGACGACUCUGUUCCACCUGCGCGAAGCAAUGGCCGAGCUCCUUUCGAGGUCCGGACACCCACAGUCAAUCUCUCCAGCUUAUCACAUGCCCACGGAAGUGCCCUGGUAAGGACAGGGGAUACAACCGUCAUUUGCGGAAUUCGGGGCGAAACAAUCCUGACAGACCACAUCCCCAACUUCCGCGCAUCCAAUACACAGACAGAAUUGGCCGAAUACGACUUGUUGGUUCCGAAUAUUGAACUGGCUACCGGAUCGGCGCCACAAUUUUUGCCCGGCGGUCCGCCCACAACCCUCGCCCAGACAUUGAGCACCAGAAUCUACUCCCUCCUACAUAGCUCCAAGCUGCUGCGCGCUGAAGAUUUGCGUAUAUGGCACAAACGACCGGCCGAAGCUCCGAUCCCGGUCGAUGAGGAGGAAGAGGGGGCUAAUGAGCAGCAAGAAGGAGAAGAGACCGUGGUGGCAUACUGGGUGCUGUAUAUCGAUCUCUUCUUCAUCUCCUUUGAUGGCAAUCCGUUUGAUGCAGCUUGGGCAGCAACCGUGGCUGCUCUCCGCGACACCAAGCUACCCCAAGCUCGCUACGAUCCAGACAGAGAGAUGAUAAUAUGCUCUAGGAAAGACCCAAGGCCUCUCACAGUGGAAACCAUGCCCAUUGCUUGUACAGCAGUCAUUUUCACAGGCAAAGAGACCAAAGACCAGGCUCCAGAUGGCAAAUUCUGGAUGUUGGCUGACCCAGAUACCCUGGAGGAAUCAUUAUGCAAUGAGACAGUUACGAUUGUCAUUGACUGCUCUGGUGGCUCAAAACGAAUUCUGUCCAUCUCGAAACACGGAGGCACAGUCAUGUCGGCGAAGCUACUUGGGUCGAAGGAGUUCCUCGACUGGGCAAGUAAGCGGUGGGAGGGUCUCGCAUCGGCAAUCACUGGCAGCCGAUGAAUCUGGAAUACCAUAGAAUACCAUAAUUGUUUAAGCAUCGAGAAGCCAUCUUUGUUUCGGGGGAUGUUCCAUUGGCUAGCUUAUACAAAGCGCCAACCAUAGUACUACUAGGAAACUUUGCACAUGGUACCAGACAGAUGGUACGGAAUAGGUAGAAUCAAGCUGUCAAGUACAAACAAAAAACUUCAUGGAUCA